GAGGGCCUAGACGCCGCCGAGAUCGCGGCGCUGCCGCUAGUGUCCUACCGCGACGUCAAGCAGCACCGGAUCAGCGACGGCCGGAUCGACCCGCUGGAGUGCGCGGUUUGCCUCCUGGAGUUCGAUGACGACGACAGCCUGCGCCUCCUCCCGACGUGCCCGCACGCGUUUCACCCGCAGUGCAUCGGCCUCUGGCUCGGGAAGCACGUCACGUGCCCGCUCUGCCGCGCCAGCGUCCUCGACCCGCCGCCGCCACUAGGGCCAGAUCAGGAGCUGGAAACGCCGGCGCCACCCGGCUCGCCGCCUGUUCACGAUCACCAUACGGUGGUGCUAAUCGAAGACGACCCCAGCCGCAGCGAGGAGGAGGAGGACAGUGCCAGGAUCCUCGCGAGGACGCGGCGCGAGGCCGGGCGUGAGGCGCUGCCGCGGUCGAACUCGACGGGGCACGAGCGCGCCGGCCGGAUGGAGCGCUUCGCGCUGCGGCUGCCGGAGCACGUGCGCCUCGAGAUCCUCAUGUCGCACAGGCUGAGGCACGUGACGAGCGCGGUUGCGUCCGUGCGCGUGAGGGAGGGGAGCGCCCACGACCCAUCUGCCGGCGGGAAUUCGGUACGGAGCGCCGUGGCGAGGCUCUUCUCACUUUUCGCGCCCGGGGAUGGGUGGAGUGGCGACGUCGAGGACAAGUCCGGGGGGUCGUCUCGCUGGCGGCGCGAUGACUCUACGCGGGGAGCAGGGGAAGACAAGAGAAACGAUUGA